ACAUCCGCCUGCGGGUGCGAGCCGAGUACUGCCAGCACGACUCCGCCCUGCAGGGCAACGUCUUCUCCAACAAGCAGGAGCCCCUGGAGCGGCAGUUCGAGCGCUUCAACCAGGCCAACACCAUCCUCAAGUCCCGCGACCUGGGCUCCAUCAUCUGCGACAUCAAGUUCUCCGAGCUCACCUACCUGGACGCCUUCUGGCGGGAUUACAUCAACGGCUCCCUGCUCGAGGCCCUCAAGGGCGUCUUCAUCACGGACUCGCUCAAACAGGCCGUGGGCCACGAGGCCAUCAAGCUGCUGGUCAACGUGGACGAGGAGGAUUAUGAGGUGGGGCGCCAGAAACUCCUGAGGAACUUGAUGCUCCAAACGGCUCCCUGAGGGGAGGAGGGGGGGGGUUGCCUGCCUUUUUGGUUUUUUUCUUUUCACCCCACCUCCUUCUUUUCCCUGCCU